AUGGCUUGGGAAGUUCCUGAAAUAGUAUUUUUGGGAAUUGUUGCUGCGGCUCGUUCGAAAGGAGAGCAUAAACAAAAAAUCUUCUUAACAGUCUCCUUUGGUGGAAUCAAAAUCUUCGACGAAAAGACAGGGCUACUACAGCACCACCACGCAGUUCAUGAGAUAUCGUACAUCGCAAAGGAUAUCACAGACCACCGAGCGUUUGGAUAUGUGUGUGGGAAGGAGGGAAAUCAUCGAUUUGUGGCAAUAAAAACAGCCCAGGCAGCUGAACCUGUGAUUCUGGACUUGCGAGAUCUGUUUCAGCUCAUCUAUGAACUGAAACAAAGGGAAGAAAUGGAAAAAAAGGCGCAAAAGGACAAGCAGUGUGAACAGGCGGUAUACCAGACAAUUUUGGAAGAAGAUGUAGAAGACCCUGUAUACCAGUACAUUGUGUUUGAGGCUGGACAUGAGCCAAUCCGUGAGCCUGAAACAGAAGAAAACAUUUAUCAGGUUCCUACCAGCCAAAAGAAGGAAGGUGUUUAUGAUGUGCCAAAAAGUCAACCUGUAAGUCUGGAGAAUGGAAACUUAUUGCUGGACAUUGAUGAAAAUCUUGGUUCAGUCACUCAGGCUGUUACCCAACUAGAGCUUUUUGGGGACAUGUCCACUCCUCCCGAUGUAACCUCUCCCCCAACUCCUGCUACUCCAGGUGAUGCCUUUAUCCCAUCUUCAUCCCAGUCACUUCCUGCUAGUACAGACAUGUUUGGUUCUGUACCUUUCAGCACUGCUGCCGUACCCUCAGGUUAUGUUGCCAUGGGAGCUGUUUUGCCCUCAUUCUGGGGACAGCAACCACUUGUUCAACAGCAGUUGGCCAUGGGUGCUCAGCCUCCAGUUGCUCAGGUGAUGCAGGGAGGACAGCCGAUAGCGUGGGGCCAACCCGGUAUUUUUCCUCCUGCCCAGCAGCCGUGGCCGUCUGUAGCUGGUCAGUUCCAACCAACUGCCUUCAUGCCAACACAAACUGUUUUGCCUUUACAAGCAGCCAUGUUUCAAGGUACCAUUGCUCCUAUAGCUACUGUUCCACCCACAAGCGAUUCCAACAGAUCAAGUCCGCAAACAGACAGGCCCAGGCAGAAAAUGGGAAAAGAAAUGUUUAAAGAUUUCCAGAUGGCUCAGCCUCCACCAGUGCCAUCAAGAAAACCAGAUCAGCCUUCCCUCAGUUGUACCUCAGAGGCCUUCUCAAGUUACUUUAACAAAGUUGGGAUGGCACAGGAAGCAGAUGAUUGUGAUGACUUUGACAUCUCUCAGUUAAAUUUGACUCCUGUGACUUCCACGACACCAUCAACAAACUCACCUCAACCCCUGCACCCAGACAGAGUUCUCCAUCGAAAUCAUCAGCAUCUCAUACCAGCGAUCCUGCUGCAGAUGACCUCUUUGAAGAGGGGUUUGAAAGCCCAAGCAAAAGUGAGGAGCAGGAGGCUGAAGCAGAACCUCUCUACGCCCAGAUCAACAGACCUAAGAAAUAGCAUUGGUACGGGCUUGCGGUGCUCCGAGACUCGAAUGAAACCCAACCACCUGGCAGGCCUUUGGCUCUCUUGCUUUUUUCCGAUUGAUUUUGUCUGGCAAGGAUAGAUGAUUGCCCUCCUGGACUGGCUCUAUGAGCGUUCCUGACAAUUUUUGGCAACCGAUGGCAGAUCCCAAUGGCAGCACAAAGUGACAGCUCCCUGCUUAGCGCACCAGGAGUCCGGCCCUGUCCCCACAGCUCAUGGGUAUCCAGACUAGGAAAUCUCACUCCUCGCUCUUCUUUUCAACAUUUCUUGUCUUGUGUAUGCCACAUAUAAAUAAUGAGCAUUCCUUUUCUUUCGAGCAAAAAAGCAGAAUCUGUAUGUAGCAGUGGCAUCAUCAUUCAACAGCCUUUUGGGCACAAGUCGGCACUUUUUAUGUCACGGUGACAUGUUUUUCAUCAUCAUUUACAUCAGGCUGAUCCUGACUUUUUUUUUUUUCCUUGUGUAGGCAUAUUUAAACAGCAACAACAGAAAAAUACUGGCAGUGUCAUUUUUUUUGUAUUUCUUAUUCUGUAGUUUUGUAUGAGUGACAGAUCCAAGAGCAAAACGCCUCCUGCGGAAAUGAUUCUUAACUUGAAACCACAGAAUAAAACUCUGUUGUUUAUCCAUCCGGACUGAAAAUGUUGCCAAAUGUACCUUUAAGUUCUAGUGCAUCAUGAGGAAGAAAUGCUGCUUUUCUGUUUGAAUACUCAUGUUGUGGGUAGAGAAAAGACAUGGAAUCCCACUGAUGGAAGAGACGGAAGAUUCAGUAUUUCCUAGGAAACUCUAAACAAAGUACAGAAAAGGAAUAUUUUUAUUUCUUCAGUAUCUUGCUGCUGUAAUGCUAUGCAGACAAGUGUUUUCUUCUCUGUGUGCCAUUUUUGAUGAAAAAAAAAAAAAUCAUUUGCCAAAUAAUACUGGUAUGAUUCUGGUUUAGGAAGUUGGAUGAAACAGACUUUAAAAAUGGGACAAAGGUGGCAUGGAUUUUGGAAUAACGAACUGAUUCUGUGAUCAAAUUGUUCAUCUUUAUCACUUUUUGUACAUCAGAAAAAAAUCAAAUGGGAUUUUUAUUUUAUAACUUGAAAAAAAAAUCUUACUGUUAAACUCUUUAAUUGUUUAAGGGGAAAUGGCUUUAAGGAGUUUGAAUGAAAAUUGCCAGGUUUUUUUUGUUUGCUUUUUUGUUGUUUUUUUUUUAAUGUAAAUAUAAAUGUUAUGAGAAUUCUUUUACUAAUGCCAUUACACAGUAGAGAAGGUAGCAAGUUGCAGUGCUUGGGAGGUGUGGCAAACCCAGUUUGUGGUUCUCACAUCACAUACGUUUUCUCACGUGCUUACGAUAAUGGGCUGAAGCUCAAGAGCAUUUGCAGAAGGCAGUCAGCUUGUCAGCAACUAUUGAAAUUAAUGGGAACACAUGAUUUUAUGGUGUAGCUUCUUCACACAGGCAUACUCUACUUAAGAGAAAUCACAUUUUCAUUGGCAUUCCAUUAUGAUUCCAGAACCUCUGCAUAGAAGUCAUCGAGCUGUUUACACACAGAAUGAAAGAAUUUAAAACUUCCGUUUUUUUACAUUUAUGAAGCAGAAGUGCAGUGUUUGGGUUCAUAUGUUUAGCACAUGAUUUUCAUAAAGAAUCUAUAUAUUUUUGCCCUACAGAGAAUUGUUAUACAGGUCAAAUGUGUUUUCCUGAUGUUCCUAUGCAGUUACAGUAUAUUGAAUUUAGUGGUUUAACACUAAGAAGAAAAGAAAAA